AAGAGGCUCGAGGGGCCUGCUCCCUCUGAUGGACACGAGCAGUCUGAGAGGACCGCAGGUUGCACUCCGCAAAGUAGCGGAGACUACAUAUCCCAGCAUUCCGAAGGCGCGCCGGGAAUCACAGAUUUCAGCGUACCGUCGAGGUCGAGGACUACACAUCCCAGCAUGCCCCGCUCCUCUAAAUUAGACCCCACUGUGCCGCGCAGUGUGCGCAAAUUUAGGAGCCGGCCCGCGGGGUCUGUGGCUGCUCGAUCCGAAGGUUUGGAACUGCGCACAAGAAUCCUCUUCAACCUCAAAAGGCGAUGACAGCCCACAGAGAAUUAACUUUUGUUUACACGGAACUCAGAAGUCUCCUGCAAAUCAUGAUCUUAAAGCCAGAGAAUGGCAGGUGAACAAAAGCCCUCAAGUAACCUCCUGGAACAGUUUAUCUUACUAGCCAAAGGUACCAAUGGGUCAGCCCUUACUGCUCUCAUAAGCCAGGUGUUGGAGGCUCCUGGAGUGUACGUCUUUGGAGAACUAUUGGAGCUGGCCAACGUUCAGGAGCUUGCAGAAGGAGCUAAUGCUGCUUACUUGCAGUUGCUGAACCUGUUUGCCUAUGGGACAUACCCUGAUUACCUAGCGAACAAGGAGAGCCUGCCAGAACUGAGUACAGCCCAGCGGAACAAGCUGAAACACCUUACCAUCGUGAGCCUGGCAUCAAGAAUGAAGUGUAUCCCCUACUCAGUGCUGCUGAAGGACCUGGAGAUGAGGAAUCUCCGGGAGCUAGAAGAUCUCAUCAUUGAGGCUGUCUACACUGACAUCAUCCAGGGCAAGCUGGACCAGCGAAAUCAGCUGUUAGAAGUGGAUUUCUGCAUUGGCCGUGACAUCCGAAAGAAGGAUAUCAAUAACAUUGUCAAGACCUUGCAUGAGUGGUGCGAUGGCUGUGAAGCAGUCCUGCUAGGCAUCGAGCAGCAGGUUCUGAGAGCCAACCAGUACAAAGAGAACCACCACCGCACACAACAGCAGGUGGAGGCGGAGGUUACCAACAUCAAGAAGACACUGAAGGCCACUGCGUCAUCCUCGGCUCAGGAAAUGGAGCAGCAACUGACUGAGCGGGAGUGCCCACCACACGUGGAGCAGAGGCAGCCCACCAAGAAGAUGUCCAAAGUGAAAGGUCUGGUCUCCAGCCGCCACUAGGGCCGGCCGGGGCAGCUGGCACUCACCAGGCCUGGGUCCAGUGGGGAGGGGACACCGUGGGCCAGUUUCUUCUGCCUCUCCAGCUGCAGUGAGUUCCAGACCUGCCUGCCCCUCGCUCGCGCCCCCUGUACCCACUGGCACUGUUUCAGAAAAGCCGCUGCCCCUGCCCUCCCCACACCUUCCUUCCCCAGCUGGUCCCUUCAGACUCAGGGGCUCCAUGGAUGCCAUCUUCCAGGGUCAGCACCACAGCUCCCCCCAGGAGGUCCUUACCUCUGUGCGGCACGCCUCCCUCCUGGUUGCUCUUCUGCUCCAUGUCCUUUUGUCAGGCUGGUCCUUGGCUGGGGCAGCUUUCCCCUUAACCAGCUGCAGGGAUGAGCACAGCUCCCACCAUGGUGCAAGGACCGCUAGCCAGGUCCCCCCACCCCUGCUCCUGCCUUACCCCUGCUGGCAGCUCCGGGGGAGCCACAGAGGGAUGUGGUGCUGGGCUAUGUUUACUAAACCUGCGGGUUUCAGCCUCUCCAGCCUAGUUCAGAUCCCUCGCUUGUGGGAAUUUGCGUGGUCUGAGCUGGCCUCUGAACGGAUGGAGAGUGUGGGUGGCGUCCUCUGCUGGCCUCAUCCUGCUCCCUCUAACUGCUCAGCCUUCGAUCGCCGCGGGCCUGCUGUCCCUGGCUGGCUGUCAGCGUCUGCUACCCUGGCUGUGCCUGUGGUGGGGAUGGUGGCCCAAGGCCCCUCAGCUUGUGAAAGACUCUGCUCUGUCUCUUCCUCUUCCCUUGGCUGGUGACCAGAGCCCUCUGACUGAAGCAUACUCCUGGGCAGAGAAAGGACUUGACUAGACUUUAUGAAUUGAACAGUUUCAGGUUAUAUUUUAAUUUUUUUUUGUACAGGUUGAUUCUAAUACAUUUCAACAUGGUUUUUUC